AUGCAGCUUACACAGCUGAUCAAUGCCGGCUUGCUCCUGGCGGGUGCCGCGACCGUGGAGGCGGGCCCACUCAUCAAACCCGUGUCCACGGUGCUGAACCUUGCCAAUGCCACGCUUGAGCAGCUUUCUCAGAAUGCCCUCAGCGUUGCCAAGGCUACCAUUCCCUCCAACUCGACCUGCACCCCGGACAAGCUCUCUGUUCGCAAGUGGUGGGGCGAUUUGACUGCGGAUGAGAGGAUUGAGUACACCAACGCCGUUCUCUGCCUGCAGAAGAAGGCGCCGAACACCCCGGCAGAGCUCGCUCCCGGCGCCAAGACGCGUUACGAUGACUGGGUUGCUGCUCACAUCAACCAGACCAACUACAUCCACUUCAACGCCGCCUUCCUGACCUGGCACCGCUGGUUCACCUGGGAGUAUGAGCAAGCUCUCCGCAACGAGUGCGGCUACACCGGGGCCCAGCCAUACUGGGACUGGACCAAAACCGCCGAAACCGGCCUCGAGCAGUCGCCCCUCUUCGACGGCAGCGCGACCUCCAUCUCCGGCAACGGCGCGCGUCUGAACUACAACGCUACGGACCGCAUCAUCGUCAACGGCAACACGGACGCGCCGACGAUCCUCAGCCCGGGCACGGGUGGCGGAUGCGUGACGUCCGGUCCUUUCGCCAACAUGACGGUCAACCUGGGGCCGGACGGGCUGAGCCUGCUGAACGGCGCGUCGGACAACUCGUCGUACAAGUUCGCGUACAACCCGCGCUGCCUGCGCCGCAGCUUGACGGAUGACGCGAACCAGCGCUUCGCGAACAAGACCAGCGUGCUGAACCUGCUGACGGGGCCGACGGACAUUUAUGACUUUGAGUUUACGAUGCAGGGGUACCCGUUGACGGACCAGCUGGGUGUGCAUGGUGGUGGCCAUUUUUCGCUUGGCGGCGACCCCGGUCGUGAUCUCUACGUUUCGCCCGGCGAUCCUGCGUUCUUCACGCACCACGCCAACAUCGACCGCAUCUGGUGGCAGUGGCAAAUGCUCGAGCCCGCGAGCCGCACCGCGCCGGGCCCCAGCGCCGUCGCCGGCCCGGUCACCAUGAACGACGGCUGGGAGCCGCACCGCAACGGCACCGCCGACGACUACAUCAACCUCGGCUUCGUCGCCCCGGGCCGCGAGUACAAGAUCGGCGAGCUGCUCAGCACCACUACCGGCCCGUUCUGCUAUGUUUACGAGUAG